AACUAGGCGAAACGAAGAAAAUGGCCUUACCUAACGAAAGUAAAAUAAUAAUUAUCCCAGAAAAUAUUUUACUCGAAAUAUUUAGAUAUCUACCUGUUAAAGAUAGAUGCAUUGCUGGAAGAGUUUGUAAACAGUGGCGGCGUAUAGUAAAAGACAAUUCACUUUGGCGUCAUGUAAACUUACUUGAAUACAGACUAGAUCUGUCAAAAAUGUGGAAAGUUCUCCGAGGCCAUUUCUCACCCUGUCUGCUCACCAUGAGGAUUCGGGGCUUUGUUCAUACAGGUUGCAGCAAGCGAAGGAAAGCAUCUGUGUCUGAUGCGAUGCUGACUGAACUCUCCAUCCGAUGUCCCAACUUGUGGCUGCUUCACCUGGAUGACUGCAACACAGAUGGCCUGACACUUGGCUGUCUUCCACCCACCAUAACAGACCUUAGCAUCACCAAGUCCACCUGGAGGCCAAGGUGGCUCAGGGAUAGAAAUGAUAAAUCUCUACCCAACUUAAAAGCUUUGAACCUCAGCUCAACGGUCAGGGUAGAUAACUUUGAUCUAGAAGACAUCAGCCAAUGGACGGACUUGAAUUCUCUUUGCCUGAACGGGUGCUACAGAAUCAGUGAUGUUGAGGUUAUAGCUAAAAACUUAGUACAGCUUGAACUAUUGGACUUAAGUGGUACAUGGAUUGAUGAACUUGGUAUUCAUCACAUUUCUCGCCACCUCAAGAAGUUGAAAAAGCUCUAUGUGGCGGAGUGUAAAGAUGUGAAUGAUUCGUGCCUGGCUACUAUAGCCAGUGGCUUGCCUGGUCUGGAGUUACUGGAUAUCUCAUUUUGUGAGAAUAUUAGCCUUGACGGGGUCAAAAGUUUGUCUGGUUUGUAUCAACUGACUUGCCUUGCCAUGCGCAGAAAAGAGAAGUUCAAUGUAGAAGAUGUUAGGAAAUGUUUUUCACAUGAUUUAAAAAUAGAGACGUGAUAUUAUAUUUAUACAUUUGUGAUAAGUUUU